GACACCAAUAGAUGACUAUGACCUUAUGUUUCACAUAAUUUUUUAGGUAAAAUAAAUAACUUGUCUUAAAUUCAUAAAUUUUGAAGUCACGUGACAAUAAUAUAUCGACUGGCGGAAAUCAUUAUUAUGGACUAAGUUUCCGGGUUUAACGUCUCCAUCGCUCGGCAAGUAAUUGAUGAGCAAUGUCUGGGAGUCAGUGCUGUGGGUAUGUUCGUCAAGAAUUCCAGUUGAAGCGGUUUGGCUGUUCAGAAGCUCACCCUGCCAGAUUUUCAUAUAGCCAGUGGAGAGUUCCCCUGGAAGUGGUUUUGUUGUACAGAUUUAUUGUGGCUGCUUACUGUAUAUUUUGGUUGAUCUACACCAGUCGCUAUGGCGCAGUUGUUGUUCUCAAUGAUACAGAAAUACCAAUGUUUGCCUUUCUCACAACGUGGACUUACUUUGUACUGACUGUGUAUCUUCUGUUACAUUUUCUGUCAUGCCUGCUGUAUGCAUGCCGAAGAGGUGGAGCUAUGUGUGGCCGGCUGUCUAGCGAGAAUCACCGUCACAUAUUUCAUGAGCUACAAGUACAGCCAAGUUUGUGGGCAAGCAGAGAGUAUGAUACCAUACCUGGAACUGAUCCUGAUGAAGUGUUCUCUGAUGAGAUGAGAACAAUUAAGUUAUCUUGGCUGACAAAACUUAUCUGGAUUUUAUACAAUAUUGCCUCAAAUGCUUGCAUACUUAUAACCCUCGCAUUUUGGAUUUUGCUUUAUCCUGGUAUGGAAAUGUCAGGGAAAGAACUGAUGAUCAACAUACAGCUGCAUGGUAUCACUUCGGUCAUUAUUAUGAUCGAGAUUUGCAUUUCUGCCGUUCCAAUCAGGUUGCUACAUUUUGUUUACACACUUGCAUAUGGUUUACUUUAUUAUUUGUUCAGUGGGAUUUACUACGCAGUUGAUCAUAAGCAUGUUUUAUACCCUCAUGUCCUUGAUUGGAGUGAGCCGGGAAACACAGUGAUAGUAAUGGUCCUUGCAGCAUUCAUUGCUUUGCCUCUUGUUCAGUUGUUUUUAUUCGGAAUCUAUAAAUUCAGGCUCUUCAUUUAUGAUAAAUGCAAUCCAGAGCAAUUGUAAUAUUUUAUAGUUCUUUCUCCAGUCUGAGAAUAAUGUGCAAUGUUAAAAUUUUAUAAAACUACUAUCUACUUAUUUGUAACUUCUCGAAAUACAAAUUCUUACUUAUAAUUAUAUUGUUCAGCUAACCAGAGCACAAAGUGCUUAUGGUGGGCUUUUAGGAUCAUUGAAUGUUUGCCUGUCUGAUCUGUCUGUUCCCAACUCCUUGAAAGUGAGUCUCCUAAACCAAAAAGGCCAUUUCAACCAAACUUCAUAGGAAUGGUUCUUUCGUGGGCCUCUUUUAAUUUCCUCCAAACCUAGGUCAUCUAUGCAAAAUGUCUGGUUGCCAUGCCUAAAAAGACACUGAAAUAUCUCGUCAAAAUUCACUGGCCCAAGUUGAAAUUAUGUUACAACAACAACCCGCUUAUCACUUCUGUAGGUCACGUUGAUAAUUAAAAAUAUAAACAUGGCAGGGCUAGUAGUUAUCUCCAUAUUGCUAUAUGGAAAACUUAAAAAUCUUCUCUUCAUAGUGCUAACCUAAAUUUAGAAACAAUUCACAGAAUUGUCCUUUGGCUGACCCUUUAUCGAAUUCCUUCAAGCACAGAUAUUGCUUUGUUGAAAAACAUAGCUGUCUGGAAUGUGACUAGUUUUCUCUGUAUGGCUAUUUGGAAAACUAGUUUUGAAAAUCUUCUCCUCAGAAACUGAUUUCAAAAUAAUUUCACAGCAAUGUGACAGCUUCUCAGUUUUUUAAGUCAUAUUGUUUCGUUAAAAAAAACAUGGCAGCCAGGAGGCACAACUAGUUUUCUCUGUAUAGAAACUUAAAAAUUAUUCUGAACAUUCAGAAACUGCUUCAUGCUUUUAAAAUUACUUUAAGCAAUAAUCUGCAGUUGAACCUCAACUAAUAGUGUUAAAGUCAGCUGUGACACUGAGGUGAGUGAUCUAAAUCCAGCAUGGCUUUCUGUAGAUGAAAGAUAGAUAAAAUUGUUUUACAUGAAUAAACUACUGCAUAAUAUAUAAAGAACUAUGAAUGGAUAAAAAUGUUUUACAUGUUACUGCAUAAUGCUUACCUAUAUCUUACAAGAGUCUAUAUGCUAUUUAUAACCAGUCAUGUGUUCUUACCUUCCUACAAAUAUUCGAAAAUUUGAUACGUACUAUGAUAUGGUUGAUUAUUUUACGUGAUGCUUUACAUCAAGUAGAAAAAAAACAGGGAUUUAACCUUACCCUGCUAAAUUCUUAAAAUGGGCUUACCCAUCAUUCAAUUUGGGCAGUACCAUUUAUUAUUUGAAGGGGUGUUUAUUGAAAAUUUACCAACUGAAUAGAGAACAGUGCAGAAUCACAAAACAGGGCUCAUUAGUUUGAAUCCUUGCUUCUCCAACUAUUAUUCAGUGUUCCCACUCAGUUUUUUUUUCUAGGGUAAACUUACCCCCUGGACACAAACUGGGGGUAAAUCUAAAUUUUUGAGGGUAUGAAAAUUAUAAAAUGAAAAAUAAAGUUUAAUACAGACAACCACUUACUUUGGAAACGUUUUGGGUACUUUUUCUGAAUUUUUGGAUUAGAAGUUCCUUUUCUUGUAGACCACUGGCACUCUUUACUCGAUUGUUGCAAAAUAUCACUUUUUUUUUUGUUAUUGCCAUAAAGCCGCAAAUUGCGACUUUCUUGCAGAAGGGGAGAGAUCAGAUUGUUUACCAUUUUUAGCUUGACUAUUCAAAGAAUAGUCUAGCUGUUCUACUCACCCUGGCGUCGGCGUCACACCUUGGUUGAGUUUUUGCAUGCAAGUACAUACAGCCAUCAAUUAAAGGCAUAUAGCUUUGAAACUUAUUUUUUCUUUUUCUAGGUCAAUUACCAACCUCUCUGGGUCAAGUCCCAUAAUUCUGACAUGUAUUUUGAGCAAAUUAUGCCCCCUUUUGGACUUUUUGGUUAAAGUUUUACAUGCAAGUUACUACAUGUAUCUCCAAAACUAAUGCAGAUAUUGAUUUGAAACUUCACAAAACUAGUUGAUAGCAGCAAGUUCCAUAAAUCUGACUUUCAUUUUGGCCAAAUUAUGCCCCCUUUUGGACUUAGAAAAUUCUGGUUAAAGUUUUGUGUGCAAGUACAUACAGCUAUUUCUAAAAGGCAUAUAGAUUUGAAACUUACUUUUUCUUUUUCUAGAUCAAUUACCAACCUCACUGGGUCAAGACCCAUAACUCUGACAUGUUUUUUGAGCAAAUUAUGCCCCCUUUUAGACUUAUAAAAUUUUGGUUAAAGUUUUACAUGCAAGUUAUUAUCUCCAAAACAAAUGCAUAUAUUGAUUUGAAACUUCACAUGUGUCUUCGGGGUUAUAAAACUAGUUGAUAGCAGCAAGUCCCAUAACUCUGACCUUCAUUUUGGCCAAAUUAUGCCCUCUUUUGGACUUAGCAAAUUCUGGUUAAAGUUUUGCGUGCAAGUACAUACAGCUAUUUCUAAAAGGCAUAUAGAUUUGAAACUUAUUUUUUCUUUUUCUAGAUCAAUUACUAACCUCACUGGAUCAAGUCCCAUAACUCUGGCAUGCAUUUUGGUCAAAUUAUUCCCCCUUUUGAACUUAAAACUCUUUUGAUAUUUAACCUUUUUGGGUAAUAUUUUCCUGCUUCUGGGACAAUAUUUCGAAUAGUCGAGCUUGGCUGUCUUACGGACAGCUCUUGUUAAAGUGCUAGUUAAUUUCCCAGGGCGUUAAAAUAUAAAACCCGUCUACAGUUUUAGGACAUCACUGAGAAAACAUCUGCAGUUAGCCAAUUGAUUCUCCAGGAAGGAGUAUUUCCAAAGUUUAUUUUUAGGACAUACUGUGGGAUUCCAGAUUAACCUAUUCAUCCUUGACAUUUUCGUGUGCGUGCGAUCUUGCACUGGAUAAAAAAUAUGUGUGUGAUUGUUAUCUAUUUUACGUGAUUUACGCAAUAUUUUACUUGAGUGGGAACACUGAUUAUUAGUAACUUUUAGAUAAGUCAAUGAAUUUACACCUGUCAUACCUAUAAAAAUCAUAGGAAGCUCUUUGAGUGAAGUGUCUUGUCCUCCAACUUUCUGUACUAAACAUUUUUCUGGAGGAGUUGUUGAUGUGGGUAACUAGUGGCAAUUAUAAAUAAGGUUAGAUACACCACACAACCAUCCUUACAUGUUUCUUUUCUAAUGUUUGUUAUCUCAAUACAGUGACUUUAGGCAUUUUGUUAUUCUUUAGCUUGUUGUACAUAAUUGUAUUUUUUAAAAGUCAAAACGGUUUUUCUAAUGUGUUUUUAAGAGGACUAUGUGUUAACAAAGCAUUUUAAGCCAUUUUUUAUGUUUGUUUUUUUUUUCAGAUAUUCUAAGGACUUAGAGACUUCUUUAUCUUUUUCUCUAAAAUGAAUGAAAAAGUAAUAAAAUUUUCAUAUAUUUGAUUUAACUACAUGUUUUGUAGUUAAACAGUAAACUGUAUUUCUAGGAUAAUCUCUGACAAUUUAGGUAUAAUUUGUCACUUAUUUUAUAUAGCACCUUCAUAGAUUUUUAUUUUUUUAGUUCAGUGUUUGUAAAAUAUUUUUAGAAAACAUAUCAUAAAUGCACAUAUAUUUAAAGAAAGCUUUGAAUAAUUAAUAUGUAGUGUUUUCAGGAUUUUAUUAUUUGUUUUUGAACAUUGUUCUUUUUCCAGCAGAUGAAAUCAGAGUUGCUGUAAUUUUUCUACAAUUAGACUGUUUAAAAGCUGCCAUUUAUUCCAGAUCAAAAACUAAGUCAAACUAAAGGAAAUAUUUGGAUGUAAAUGUUGAAAGAAUGGAAUCAUGGAAAUCUUGCUAUAAAAUGUAUUUCAGCAACUUGAUUAGUCUCCACAUAUUGCCAAACGAGAUUGUAUUUUAUAUAAUGAUAUAUCUAUCUUUGUUUUACCUGUCUUUAUGCUUUCUGUUAUUUCAAAUGAUUUUACAUAGAACUAUAUUUUAUUGGUGAGAUACUGCUGUUGCAACAAUAUCUUACUGUGGUGUCCAGCUUGUCCUGUAAAACCAUUUUAUUGUACCACUGUGUGUAUUAUUGCCCCAUCAGCAGGGCUCCGGAAAUUUUGAUAACUCAAUCGGUCCGAAACGAAAAUCCUGACAUCGGCGCUACCCCACCCACCGCAUUCCCAAUAUUACAUAUUUUAUAAAACGUGAUAGGGUAAAGAAAUAAGCAUGUCAUGCAUUAAAACUGAGUUACCAGUCACCGCGCGUUACCAUACAAUGAAGACAGUUAUUCAGUGUUAUGUGUGAUCGUUACUUUGUUUAAAUUUCGAUGUUUUUCCGAGAUAAUACGAGGCAUUGACACCGUGUGCGUAACUAGUCUAAAAGCCAACGCACGUGACUUCAUUACCGUAUACACGGCAGAUACUUUGUGAUGUUUCCUCAUUCUCUGACGGAAUUCUAUAAAAUACAAUGCGUCAAAAUGAGUUACACGACACAUAUUCUCUGCUAAACAGCCACAGUAUUUAAAGAAUACUCUGCCGCGGACCGAAUGUGUACGUUAUUUGAACGCUGAGAUGGAAUUUCCCGCAUGUAUAGUACCAAAACGUCACGCGGGUUGGCCACGGCUUUUUCAUUUCACUUACGUUGUACUUCAAUAAGCAACUACAUUUUAUAAAGUUAUAUGUUCUCUUCUGAUGUAAACAAAAUUUCAUUUUGAAACGUUUUUUAAAAGACCGAAUUGAAAAAACAGUGCCACUCCGGUUUUCUUUAUCAUUCGUGGUUGCCCGUCCAUUUUUUUCUUUUUUGUACAGUCGGGUUGCAAAGACGAUUUUCUGCAUUUGUUUCAACUGGAGCCCCAACAAAUGAAUCAUGUAAUUUUUUCAAAUCUAGUAAUUAUAAAAAUUAUUUUUAUCGGUUUUCCGUGUGAUGUCUCAUUAAAUCAAAGACCUAUAAUGUACAAUUAUAGCUCUUUGAUUAAAUGCAGCGACCAUUUGUUUGUUACCGUGAUCAAACAUAGCCUUUUGAAAUAAACCAUCCGUCGGAUUCUAAAUAAAAGAAGUGGAUCCCCGUCGAAAUGAUUUGGAUCCAGUCAGAAACGUUAGGAAACCAGUCAAAAAUGUUUAAUACACCGCAGUCGGCUGUCUGCAAACAUUAAAGGAUGUGCCGCGCGAGCAUUGAUUGCGUCACGCGCUAAUUACGGACCGAUUAUCAAAGUGACAAUCAGACCGAUUGACACUUUUAUUGAUUAUCUGAAGGUGCGACCAACAAUUUCCUACUUGGCAGGUGAUCGUGUAUCGAGAUAUAAGACCGAAAUUUAUACUUUUCUCCAUUUUUACGGGACCGAUUUUUUUCUUUUUUUCACUUCACGAAUCGGUCUGAAAAGUCAAAAAUCGGUCCAAAACCGACAAACCGGCAAAUUUCCGAAGCCCUGCCCAUCAGUGAUGGCUGACUAUUAUGUAUCAUCUAUACACAUAUUUUGUCCCCCCCCCCCCCCCCCCCCCCCACAACACACACACAGUUCUUAUACUUAUUACUUAUUAUUUAGAGCCAUUUUCACUACGGUUUAUUUGCCGUUUUUAAGCCUAUUCAUGAAAUAUAAUCAGUGCUAGGUGUCAGUUGUCAUUAGGUUUUUGUACAAUGUUUGGGGUCAAUGGUAUAUCUACAAUUUUGCAUUUCUAUUCAAUAUAGAUAUUUAUGUAUAUUUAUGUAGAGAUUGUAUUUUAUUUAGAAUCUACUCAGUACUCAGAUACCAUCCUUAUAUGUACUCAGUUUUUUCGAGACACUUCUUUUAACUGAAUAUCUUAAUUGUUACAUAUUUUAUCUAUUCAAAAGCACUAACAUUCUUUGUGAAAGCAAGUAAGACAGUCACUGUUUAAUUUGCUCUGUGGAGUCAGAAGCUCGAAGUUAGCUUUUAUAAGCACUUAUCAUGCUAAACAUGAUUGAUUUUGCCUUUGUGACCAGUGAAGGUCAUGAUCAGCAUGCACAUCCAUGCAGUCUGAUCAAGAUCUGCACUGUUUGCCGUUCAGUCAGUAACAUUUUGGUAAGCAUCCCUUUUAACAGUUAAUGGUGUGGCCAUUGAAAGAUGGACAAGUUCAUUAUAGAAUAUAGCCGGGUAAGGGUUAGUAUAUGUGGUUAGUCAGGUUUCCAGCAUCAGCAUUUUACUGAAGUAACUUUUCAUGAAUUGCUUGAUGGAUCUUCACCUAACUUGGUCUGUUGCAUCUUUGCAUGGGUGUCUCAAACAAUUAUUCAACUGUUCCCACCCCACUGCAGACACGGGUCAGUAGUGCUGAAAAUAGAGGGGAAAAAAGAACAAUGUAGACAACUUCUACUCAUGGGCUGACUGACAUUGCUUCUGUUAACCUUAGCAUAAACCUAUCUUAGAUUUGUCAGUGCUUCAGUGAAAUUGUAGAUGUGAGUUUCCAGCCCUAGAUAUACACAACUUAACCAAGAACCACUUAAUAGAUAUUUACCACUUAAAACACCCUUGUAUAGAUUUCUCAUUUUUAUCCCAAUAGUUUCACUUAGCUGUACACUAGAGACACAAGCGGAGAUGAAGUUAGAAAAACCCUUACAUGUACUGCUUGGUGGAUCUUGAUCAGACAUGAUGUAUGAUAAUGUCCUUGCAUGGACAGGGUUUUUUUUCGGCCGUUUUUAUAGCUGUUAUACGGCUAUAUUCCCAAUGCCAAAAAGUAUGUAUUUUUCCCAAAAUGAGUGCAAAAAUUCCCAAUCUACAUUCUGAAAAAAAAUUUCAUCAAAAUUGAACAAACAUUGACCAAAUUAUGGACAAUUUUGUAAUGGAAGUAUGUUAAAAGAGGUUGUACAGUGUGAAACAAGUGUAUGAGAGAGUGCUUAAACACAUCUUUACUAUAUCCUAUGGGACUAAAUAUUUCCCAAUUUGGAACAUUUACUCGUCAAAUUUCCCAAUUUUGGGGGUAUAGGCUAUGUUCCCAAAUUAGCUAGAAAAAACCCUGAUGGACCACCUUUACAUUUGUUUAGAUUAUUACUCUAGUCAGUACCACUGCACAGGUUCUGCCAGUGCUUGAAACUAGAAAUAAUACCACCUUGGUAGCCAAGUAGUAGAGUGUCCCCUUCAAGUGUGAGAGGUCCUGGAUUCAGUCCCUAACUAUGUCAGACCAAAGACAUGAAAAUGUACACCUGUAACACCCUUGCUUUACACUGAGCACUGAAAGGGAAACUGGUUUCUUUUCUCUCAUACACUCAUACUGAUGGAUUCCAUCAAACCUGAGGUGUCCAUGGUGAUGAAUAUAAGAUCUAGAUAUUGUUUCACAGUUUAGUAAAAUAAAACAGGAAUUAAAUGAAACUUAAAAACAUCAGUAAACAGCAUACAUUCAAGUCUGCCAUAGUUAUUUUACUUUUACCCUGCUAAAUUUCAUAAGUGGACUGGUCUAUCAUUCAAUUUUGGCAGUACCAUUCCUUAAUCGAAUGGGUGUUCACUGAAAAUUUACUGAUUGAAUAGUGAACAGAUUAUGCAGGUUGAUCUUGGUCUGCACUGGUCGCAAAGGCAGAAUCACUUGCCGCCAGUAUACUAAAGGUUAAAGUUGGUUGGUUAAAAAUUUUAAAAAAUCUGUCGUAAAAGAAUUUGUGAGAAACUUGAUGAAAAACAUUUUGCUGUAAUGAUUUAGCAAACCUUAUGAUGCUUGUACAGAAAAACUAGAUGAGACUGUAAUGAGUGAUAAAAUAGGGCUGUUAUAGAGGGACUCAUGUUAUUGUAAUUAUCAUGUGGAAAAAAGUCAGUCCAGUCUGUUUUAAUUGGUGGAUAGACAAGCCUAUUCGUUUUAUUAGCAUAAAAAAAUCAUAAUUUGUACUGCCAAAUUUCUACGAAACUUUUUUUUUUUUCAAUGAUGGGCAACUUUGGGUCAGUUUGGCUCUUUUGUAAUUAGAAUGUUACAUAUCUAAGAGGAGUUUUAAUCUUCUUUUGUUAUAUUUUCUAGAAAUUCUUAGUUUUAGGAUAAGUGCUCUUCAGAAAUAAUUCUUACCAUGCUAAUUUCUAUAAUGAACUUGUCCAUCUUUCAAUUUGGACAGUACCAUUAACAGUUAAAAGGGUAGUUUACAAAAAAGAUACUGACUGAAUAGCGAACAGUGCAGAUCAUGAUCAGACUGCACAUGUGCAGGCUGAUCAUGAUCUACACUGGUCUCAAAGGCAGAAUCAAUCGUGUCCAGCAUAAUAAGGGUCUAGAUCUUUAAUACUAUCCUUUUGUUAUUGUUUUUGUUCUUUUGUCUCAUUUAUACUAAAAGUUAUACAUUUUAGAAGAAAAAUAAUAAAGUGCUUUUUUAAUAAUA